UCUGUUGGUCCACCUCAGGCCUCUACGUGUCGUCUAAUCAUUGGCUCAUCAUGCAAUGACACGUCUCUGUACUAGCUAUCGACUUCUACUAAAGUGGCUGAAAUUGUGUUGGGGAAAAUGGUCUCCAAAGUUUUUGUGCUAGGUGUCAUCGCCUGUUUACUGGCUCAAGCUGCUGCUCGUAAGGUUGAUGAAGAGGACGAUGAAGAUGAAAGUAAAGACGACGAUAAAAGUGAAGAAGUGAAUCAAAGUAAAGAUAAAAACACCUCAGAUGAAAGUGAGGAUGAAGAUGAAAGUAAAGAGAUUUCAAAAACAGUCAUUUAUGAUGAAGACGACAAAAUAGCGAAAAAGAAAAACAAAUGCAAAGUGAACGGAAAGUAUUAUAAAGAUGGUGAAACCUUCUAUCUACAUAAAUCCAAAUGUAUCAAGUACAAAUGUGCAAAUCGCAAAGUCAGCAUCUACAAAGAAGGAUGUGAGCACCUGGGCCAGUGCUAUAAACCAAACAGCGAGUUUGAACACGGCUGCGUCAAAUACAGUUGUCUGAGAACCACUAAGGCUGACUACAUGUACUUCUCUAUCACAGCUCAACACAUCCGUAGGUUGUCAGGACAGCAAGGGUAACUGUUGGAAAGGCGGAGAAGUAUUUAAAGACACUGUCCAUGGAAACUCCUACAAUAAAUGUACGUGCAACAUCAUCGGCAGAACGGCAAGUGUCUCUUGCAGAGACGGCUGAAGUGGACCCGGCUUAACUUUGCUGGAAAUCACAGUUUAUUAUUAUACUGAUUUAAAAUUAUUUUUUUAAAACGCUAAGUAAAUCAUUGAGUAAUAUUGCCUGUUUUUUAUUGUUAUUGUUAGUGUUUAUGAAAUACGCGUAGGUGUCGGUAGCACGUCAAAUGUUGACGCGUUUGAGUGGUGGCCCGCCAAUAGACUUGAAAAGCUGGUUCCAAAUUUGUGUUGCCAGUAAGCACAUUCUUCAACCAAAAUUGAAUAUAAUAUUUUAUAACAUUUGUGUUUCAUUAGGUCUAGAAACAGUCAAAGAAAUAAUAACUCGUAAUAUACUAUUAAAUUAGAGAACACUUUUAGUUUUAAUUUGGAUUAGUAGGGUGUUGUGGUGAUUGGGGAUGUUAUAUCAUUUAAUAUAAAUACAAUACUACGCUAUUCACCGUAGAUCACUAUUGUGUAUUUGUAUCAUGGAAAACAAUUGUUCCGGCUUUUAUUGCUUUACUCUCCCUGGCCAUUACGGUUGGCUUCAUUGAGAUGUUGAGGGCAGUUUUUGAAAAUAUUUGAAUUGAUAAAAUAAUUCUAAACAGCUUUUUAACGGCUUGUAUUCGAAACUAAAAUAUAAAAAUGAGUAUAAUUCGUUUAAUUCCCAAACUAUUUAGAUUUUUACAUUUUUAACUAUAAUUGUUUCGCUUGCCAUAUUUUAAAAAGAUUUUUCCAAACUUUAGCAUGUUUACAUAUAAUUUUCAUGUCCGUUGUGUAUGUGUAGCAUUAUUCCUUCUGUACAUCCCACUUGUAUUUUUUUUAUUUUGAAAUAAACUUUA